AAAGAAUGCAUCGGUUGAUGGUUGCAGUCUCGCAGACGGCAGACCUACAGUUUGCUAUACUUGCUGUACAGAUACUUGCAGUUGCAAACUGUACUUGUAGAAUGUAGAAGGAAAAAAGCGUAGAAAUUAAAUUUCUAAAUAAACCCCGACAGCAUGUGCCGUGCAUGGAGUACGACUGUACGAGUACUCUUGAAUCGUACAUAUGUAGUUGAGGAAAUGCAUGGCUGGAACUGUUUUAUAAUAUUAUGAGCUGCAUUUUCUGAAAACGACUUCGUACUUCGUAUAUUAUAGGAACAUAAGACUAAGAGUUACUGAUUGCGAAGCUUUGGUUUGACUUUGCAUCACAGUAAUUUCUGCGCGCAGUAACUGAGUUGUUUUUCCGUUAGUAGUCCGCUACGUUGUUCCCAGGGUUUUUGUGGUUGGUGGUGUUGAAAUUCUGUACUACGCUCGUAGCCGAAGUCACUGACGUACUGGGAAAACCCCUUGGACUUUUUCUCCACUUUCUGCCAUCUGCACAACAAGAAAAAUGAUUCAUAGCGGAGGAGUUCGACUGCGCUGUGCCUGGCCCUACGGCUCCGCGACUCUUUCCAGCGCUCCACGAAGCAGCAUCUUCCCCGCUAAACUGAUCCGUGGAGGAGGGGUUCCCCUGCGUUUAGCCUGGCGCUGUGUGACUUCAUCCAGCGCAGCCCGCAGCAGCCCCUGCCGCACCAGUGGACCCAGUCAGAUUCGCUUGAACCAUCUGCCCAAACCCUCUUCCGACAUCAGCCAGGAGGCCCUCCUACGUACCUCCUCCUCCCAACUGGCUCUACCUGACAUUCUCCAGGGCGCCCCGGCCCACCACAAGCUGGAGGGGGGCGGCCUGCUCUUCGACGCCCCGUUGGUCCAGCAGCCCCUGCGCGACGUCGCUGAACAGUUGCACCGUUCCCAGUCCGAGUCGGGACGCCAGUGGGCCGGGCUGCAGAUCCGUGCGGUGGACUGCGAGGACGAACUGCUAAAAAACUGCGCGUCCAAAACACACAUCAUCGAAAAGUGCCAGCGCAUCGCCAUCAAAGAUGGCACGCCGUCUUCGGAGGUGGUCGCCGCUGGCAGUCAGCAUCGGACGGGACCCUCCCUGGUCACUCGACAAGUAGGAGAGAAGCCUGUUGUCGGCUUCCUUGCUCCAUCGCUGCGGAGCCGCUCCCUCUGCGGAGCCACCACCCGCACUUCUCCCUUUGCGCCGAAAUUCAUCCGCGUCCGCGGAAUGUCCGGCAUAUGCCCACCGGAAAUGCCCAUUUUCCAGUUGCCGAGAAUGCUCGAUUUUUCGAUUUUCGUGGAUCUGAAAUUUAUUAUCGAAACAGUGAAGGAGUUGAAAGUGGACCUCUUCCGCCGCAGCCUCCAACUGCGACAAAAAGACACUGUGGAUGUGGACAGCGCCACGUAUCCCGUGGAGGUGGUCGUUGCGGCACUAAAGCGCGGUGAAUAUGAGGCAGUGCGGGAAGAAGUAGAGCGAUUGUCCAACGCCGCCGCCGAACUGUCCAUGCGGCAGCGCGUACAGCUGUCCUCCGCUUGCCUCCUGGCGCUGAUGGUGUGCCGAUCGCGGCUGAAAGUCUUCUACGGCACCCUGGCCGCGCCGGGAGAUAUGUCAGACGCGUCGCUCUCGGCGCUGGAACAGUUGCGUGACGCGGAAGUAUGCAAUGUUCGCGGCUUGGUUAAAAAUCUGGAUAGUAUCCUACAGUCUGUCGUUGCCGGAUCGCGGGUUCCUCUGGACGACGUGCUGAAGCCGCUUUUGUUCUGUUUAUGGAGCCCGUUGUCUGUCUUCCAGUUUGUGGGUGUGCUGGAUGUAGCCAUAUUAUCGAUUGGUCAUCUCAUUAGCGGCUACGACGGUGAACUCACGGAAUCUGUAGAUAUGAUUAAACUACCUGUACUGGUUCGGGAUUUGGAGCAGGUAGCGGCGCUGAUCGAAGCGAACGAGUUGGGCGGAGAUGUGCAGUUUGCUGUGGGCAAGUACGGCGAUUAUUCGGAGGCGGAUUGGCACUUCUUCGAUGCCGAUUAUCAGGGGCCGGUCCGGAUCACCGUGCACAUGGGAUGGGUUUAUGCCGUCGUUCACAGCAGCGAUGUGCAUGGGAUAGCCAUUGGAGAGCUGAUAGGGGCUGUGAUGGAACAGCUGAAGAGGCGUGAUUUUAUUCAGGUCCAUGAAACGAACAGGAAAUACGAAGACCGUUUGGGAUGCGGAAUUAUCCACACCAAAAAGAACGAGCAGUUCGUAAUAUUCGCCCCUGAACUAGGAUCCACGGACAUCGUGGUCGCCUUCGAGGUGGCAUUUGCUAACGAAACCCUUAUUGUCCAAUUCAUUCAAGCCUCUAACUUUUUGGGUCCCGAGACUUCCGUUCAGUACGUAAUAGAUAUCGAUAUUUCUUACGAUGGCCGAUCGAAGAACCCUUUCUGGGCCACGCUGUACGUCUUUCGUCGCAUGCCAUCUCCCCGAGCAAAGAAGCGCCACAACCCCGCUGACGGAAAGUGUGACAACGCACUGAAAGGGGAGCCUGUGGGAUCCGGUCAUGACAAGUUUCAUCUGCUAGACGGAAAGCCUGUGUACAAUAAGGAAGUGAUGAAAAUGACGCGGGAUGAUAUCCGGCGGGUGUUCGAUAUCGAUCUAGUUAUGAAACAUCAUGUGGACGACAGCAACUUGACGGAACCAGUGGAGGUGCAUCUCGAGAUCGUCUACCCCGAUGGGUAUGUGCGGCCUUUCACGGUUCUUCUCGACAGAUUAUUUCCGCGGGUGAAGAUUUUCUGGGAAAAACAUUUUGCCCAACUGGAAGCUGCUGGUGCCCGGAAAAAGUAGCAGGUGUUUUGU